AUGGUCCUCAAUAUGGGGGUUGCCAGCAUAGACAUAAUAUACGUAGAUGCCGCGUUGGCCAGCGGGCCGUACGUCACCGCCGCCGCCAUGUUGCCAGAGGCAUUCCUGGGCAAGAUGCCUCACUCCUGUGCUGCGUGGGGCUGCACUAAUAGAGGCACAGAAGAGACAAGAUCGCGUGGUGAAGGAGCCUCUAGGAAUUAUGUAGCGAGUGGAUACAAUGUGUAUGAAGAGGAAAAUGAACACCUACAGGAGGGUCUGAGGGCUAAAGUCAGCGCUUUGAAAAGUGUUGUUGUCCAAAUCAGAACAGAAAUAAGGCAUCAGAAUAAAAUGCUGAAUGAAAUGGACUCAGACUUGGACUCCACAGGCGGUCUGCUUGGUUCCACCAUCGGGAGGGUGAAGCGGCUGUCCAGAGGCAGUCAGACCAAACUGCUGUGCUACAUGCUGCUCUUCUGCUUUUUUGUCUUCUUUGUUCUCUACUGGUUCAUCAAGCUGAGGUGAUAGGAGGAGCCUGCAGAGAUCCCUACAGUCUGUGCCAACAUAUGCAUCACAGAACUAGACCAACAUAAUGAGUGUUUCAGCUCUGAGUAUUUCAUAAAUGAUCCCAAAACUAAGUCAUAAAAAACUUGUUGGCAUUUUUUGUUUUGAGUCCCCUAAAAAAAGUUGCAGGGUCUGAGGUAAAUAUUGACCAUGUGAAGCCAAAAUCAUGUCCAUGCAUUUCUGACCUCCAGAAUAUUUAUGUUCUUGAUAUCAGCCUGAUUUACUCAGAUGACAACAUGAGAGAAAAUAAUCCCAUGUAACAACUGUAGAAGAUUCUGUGUCUCAAACCUCAGUGUUGUGUGGGCACAUUGCAUGAUAAACCUCGAUAAAACGGUCAGCACAUCCUAUGUGGUUAGUAAUUACAUUCUAGAAUAAAAUGUGAACAAAUU